CUGGUGAAACCACUUUGUCUGUAAAUCCAUCCAACACUAUUGAUGAUUUAAAACGUUUACUCCAUGACAAAGAGGGUAUACCACCAGACCAACAGCACCUUCUUUUUGCUGUAACUCCAAUAAUUAAAUAA